UUUUCCCUUCGUCAGAUUUGGUUGUUCAACCUUCCUCCCGGCGACGACCAAGCCCCCAUCGGUCAACCUAAAAUACCCACAACAACCACAGCCACGGCAACACUCUCACAAUGGGUAAGAGCAGGAAGGCCUACAAGAAGCUGAUGCGCUCCUUCGAGCAGCUCGGCUUCCGCCAGCCCUAUCAGCUGCUCCUGACCAGCGACAUCGUGCUCGACACGGUCAAGCUCGACGUCAUGAACCUGUUCCAGAAGACGCUCAACACCAAGGACAUCAAGCCCAUGAUCACCCAGUGCUGCAUCCGCGCCCUGUACGCAAAGAACAAGCCCGGCCCUGACAGGGACCCGAACGUCCCAGCUGCCAUCGAGCGCGCCAAGACCUUCGAGAGGAGACGGUGCGGCCAUCUGAUGGACCAGGACCCCCUUACCGAGCGCGAGUGCAUGCUCUCGGUUGUCGACCCCAAGGGCAAAGGGGAGAACAAGUUCCGUUAUGUGGUGGCGAGUAAUGAUGAGUGGUUGAGACACAGGUUGAGGUCGGUGGUGCCCACGCCACUCAUGUACUGCCGCAGGAGUGUCAUGAUCCUUGAGCCCAUGUCCGACGCAUCACAGCAAAUCAGAGACAGAGAGGAGCGUCAAAAGUUCAAGGAUGGUAUCAUCAGAAGGACACUGAAGAGGAAGAGAGAGGAUGGCGACGAAGGCGAAGAAGACUCCGAAGGCGAUUCCGACAGCGAGGGCGAGGAAGUCCAGAAGGAAAAGUCGACAGAUGGGGCCCCGGACGCUGCCGGUUCCGCGGAACAGGAACAGACGCAGAAGAAGAAGAAAAAGAAGAACUACGGCCCCAAACAGCCAAAUCCACUGGCCUUGAAGAAAGCCAAGAAGGAAGCCGACAAGAAGAAGAAAUCGCCAUCAGAUCAACAAAAACCGAAGAAACCCGCGGAGACGAAUGCGGAAUCGACAGCCGAGGGCAAGGCUAAGCGGAAGAGGCGCAAAAAGACCGGCGCCGGCGCUGCGGAGGGUGGGGAGCAGUCGGCCGGCCAGGGGGAAACGGCCGCUGUUAGUGAGGAGUGAAUUUCCUCCAUUAGGUGUUGAAUAACGGUGUUACAAGUCGGUUAUUUCACGGGUUAUGGGUGCGGAUGACAGGGCUACGACAAAGACCGUUGGAAUCGGCUUUUUGUGAAUCCGUGGCGUGAGCCAUGGGAUCGCAUUGUCUUGGGCGGCCAAUGGCACUAUCGUCUACUCAUACGAUACCAAGCAUACAGAUGUCGACGCCACCGUAUACCUUGUCUACUACUGUUCGGUUUACGGAUUACUGGUAUCACGACCAUUGAGUAGGGACGAGAAAU